UAUCUGUUGAGAGUUGCGCCUGUUUCGAGAGUCGUGGGAGAGGUGUGGGCCUUUCCAUCUUGAGAGCUGUCGUCUUAGGAGCGGCGGAUCGCGAUGAGUCCAGAUUAAGCUCUGUUAGAGAAGAAGAGUAUCAUCUGAAGUGACGCUGGCUUUACUUGAUUAGAGUAGAGCGUGCGAGAACUUUUCGAUUUUGAUGAAUCGAUAGGAGAAUCGUAGCUGUUGAGCGUGCGAAAACUUUUUGAUUCGAUCUUCAUCGGCCAUUUGUACUUAGCUGUUCAGAGUUGAGCUGUAAGGAAGCUUCACGAUCUUGCUGUGAUUAUCAUAGGAUUAUGAUACUGUCCUUUCAUCAUUACGAAACCCAACAGGAAGCAAUAUCAACUUUUGUGACCUUGUUGCCCAUCCAAAGAACCCUGCUACGAAAAAGUUUCUUCCCUAGCAGCAGCUAUCGGAAGAUAUCAAAGGAGUCUUCAUUCAGCUUACUCAUGGACGAAUUACUACACUAGGGGACAUUGUAAUUUGGAUUCGCACACACACCUUAUCUAUCAUCCAUUGCACCACGUGCAACAAAUAAUCAGUUUCAGGAUCGAUUACUCGAGUAGAUAGACUCCAGCACCGAGAAGAAGCAUCUCGAAACACAAGAAAGAGACUUGGACUCCCAAAAAAUACUACGCACACCCGCAAGGACAAAUCCCAAUCCUUGGGUUCCAAGAAUAUCUGCAGACUGCGUUAUUUGGAACUCCAGAAGAACACGCUCCGGCACUACGCAAGUGCUUUACUUUCAUUGUUUUGAGAACUGUAAGGCUUCGACCACAUUUAGCUGUACUCCCUAGGAAAGCUUGACCUUGGCAAAGCUUGGCUGACCUCUGUGGAGCGACUCUCUCGGCCAAUCGCAUCAUCGUGAACAUGAUGGGGCUUUUUGUGGUAUUUCUGCUCUCCCUCGCGAACUGGCUUCUGGGUGCCGCUAUCGUCAACACCCUGCUGGCGGCCUCUUCCUUCUCCUUGGUUUUUGCUAAGGAGAAUUAUAACGCGGAGGAGCCUCGUCUUCGUGGAAGCAGUCCGUCGAGCGCCACUGUUCCUCCACCUCCUGUUGAGGUUAUCUGUGAACCAGAAGUUUCUGAUGAGGGCUGCCGGGAGAAGAAACCGAACGCUUUUUGCCAAAUUAUGCCUUAAUUGAAACCAUUUCCCGAAAGACAUGAGCGAAACUGCCCUGUUGAAGCACUUGGCAGCCCUGUCAAAGCAGGAGCCUCAGUCCCAUUUCGGGAAAUCGGUGCAAUCUUCUUUCAUUUGCGAUGGCUCGGAUCCGAAAGGCGGGGCGAAGAUUUGUAGGGCCGGCGGUUCCCCCUACGAGAAUGGUGCUGUUCGAAAACAGUAUUUGUUUUGCUCGUGUGAAUCUCGUUCUGUCUCCGGAGAAGUGUUGCAUCAAGGAAGAGUAGCCUGGAGAGAAAGCGGCCUCGGGAGUCCGAGAAGGCCGUAGUCGAAAGAGACUGCGUAAGCGGACGGGAGGUACCUGAUGGUCAACUGCAAAGUUCAUUAAGCCAAGGAAUGAAAUGGUGCAAGUAGCGUCAUAGCUUUCAUUAGUCUAGUAAGGGACAUCUUCUGCCAGGUACUGGGAAUGCCGUCUACACCUGAUCACUCACACAACCGCGUGCAGUCAAUAUGUUGAGGCUCUGUCUGUGUUCCUUGAUGAAUUACAAUACCAAAAAGCUGUCGAAAACUAUUUUCAAGAAAUAUGAAAGGCCUUUAUUAUAAUCAGAAGAAAUUUAUCUGUAUCUCUAAUCAUUUGGGAGUCAAAAAGGAGGUAGUAGAAAGGGAUAUGCCACUACCUCGUCACUGGUGUGGGGGAUCCAAGUCGUGGCCAAUGGGGCGAAAACCAAUGAAGAACGGGAAUGGAUGGAGAUGAAGUCUACUGGGUAAAAGAAGUAUGAGAAUCGUGAUGGAUCGUUUAUAUAUGAAUAUGUUUAUCGCAUGAAAAAGUGAAUUGAUACGGCUAUGGUGUUGUAGAAAAUAAGGUAAAUGGAAUUGCAAUGAUAGAUAAUACAUAGGGCUUAUGAGAAAGCGAUUGCCCGAAAAAGAGUAUUGCCUUCGAAGAAGCGAAGACAAUGUAGCUAGACGCAAAGGAAUUAGACGACGCGGCAUACGUAGUCUGUCGAUGGUGAUACUCUUAGGGGGCAAGCGUUUCUUCCAGCUUUUGUAGCAUCAAAAGCAGCAAACAUUAUGUACGUAAAAACGAGACUUAUGAUAAUUGAAAGUAAAGACUAGAAAGGAAAUGAAAAACGGCACUGACGAUAAGCAGUUUCUCUCUCAUGGUAAAUAUGUUGUUGUUAUUGUAUGUCAUGAAAAAAGGAAUUCACACAAAUUUGCUCUUACCUAGCUUUCUAAUUUGUCUGGUAUCCAUUUGAAAUUAAAAAUAUAUAUUUUUUAUUAUAAGAAAAUCAUUAUUGUGAGGUGAUGGGCAACAUGAUGUCCAGUCCACCAAGGAAGACGAUCACUAACACUAGGCCUAAACUAGUCUAAAACGGAGUCGAAUCACUGUCAGCAUCAGAUCAACGGCAUCUUUUCAGCACGACUACUAUCAAGAGAAUUUUUUGAAAUAUUGAUAACGACUGAAUUUUUUGAACGAAAAACACAUAAGAACAUAAAAACCAAUGCUCU